AUGGCGCCGCUGUCGUGGCGGCACCACACCCUGCUGCAGGCGCUGCUCACCCGGGGCCCGCUCUCCGAUCGCGACUUCCGCGCCGUCUUCGCCGCCAUCUCCGGCAAGAACCCCGCUACUCAUCAGCAGCUGUUCAACGAUACACUUCUCAAGCUCAACAAGGAGUUAGCAUACCUGCAGUUUGAAUUGCGAGCAUGCAUGAACCAGUAUGAUGGAAUGGUGUACUAUGGAGUAGUGAAUAACAUUGCCGAUGAAGAAUCGAAGCUCGGAACAAAGUAUUCUGUGCCACAAGUUGCAUACUACAAGGGGCUGUUAGAAGCAGUUGUUCAGGAAGCUGGAAAUGAUGGGACCAUAACCAGUAUUGAUGCUCUCAAUGUGUGUCUUGACAACCAGGUCAUAAUUUUAGAUGGGGGUUCACAGAACAGCCAAUCUCGCCUUCCAUCUUGCAUUACGGACUUCAAACUGAGCCAGAAAGAGAGAACUAUUGAUGAACUGGUAAGGGAUCGUUGGCUAUCAUACACCUCCACAGGCAAGAUUGGUCUGGGCGUCAGAUCAUUUCUUGAUCUUCGAAGCUGGUUCCGUGGGAAUGAUAUCCCAUUGUGCGUUGUCUGCAAUGAAGCUUGUAUCAAGGCUUCAAGUUGCCCUAAUGAGGGAUGCAGCAUAAGAAUUCAUGAGUACUGUUUGAAGAAGAAAUUCUCACAGCGGAAGGCUUCAAGAGCCUGUCCUGGCUGUGGCACUGAAUGGCCCCGUCAGGAGGGCGAAGUCGAUGGCGACGAUGAUGCAAACGAGCCUGGUGAAGAUGGAGCCGCAUCAGCCAACCGUUCUUCGAGGAAGAGACGCAAGGGAGUGAAAGCUGAACUGGUGCAAGAUUGUCCUUCGAGGAAGAGACGCAAGGGAGUGAAAGCUGAACUGCUGGAAGAUUGUUCUUCGAGGAAGAGACGCAAGGGAGUGAAAGCUGAACUGGUGGAAGAUAAUCACAAUGCAGGGCCAUUAACGGCGGCGGUUCCUAGGAGGGCGAGGAGCUUGAGAAGAGCGAAAGCCGAAGCAGUCGAAGCUGCUCAAGAGGCGUCUUCUGCAGGAGCUUCCAAGGCGGCCAGAGCUUCCAAAGGAAGGAAGAAGUGA